CUCUCUCUCUAUCGCUCUCUUUAUCCAACCACCGCUUGCCGUCCCCAAAUUCCCCCAAAUCAAUCGCCUUAGCUGUUCCUCACUGUAUCCAUGGCCCCACUCCUCUCUCUCUAACGCUUGUGUGAUUGUUCUGUUUCACAAAGUCUAUCUACCAUUUCCUCCUCAUUUCCUCAGCGUGUAAAUCUCCAUAGAAAUCCUAGCUUCUACUCCUUCUCUCUCUCGGGACUCCGUUUUUAUUCUUCUUCUACUCAUUUUUGACUGUUUUUUUUAAUUGCCUGAAAAAUGCCUGCUUGGUGGCCGAGAAAAUCGAGCAAGAGCAAAGAAGAAACCCAGCAAAACCCACAUGGAAAAUUUGCUGAUUUGUCUGCAAACAAGACUGAUGUGAAUAACUACAGCAGCGAUAGCAAUAAGAGGAAAGGCUUUAAAGGAGAUAAGCCGAGGAGUUUCGAUGAAGGGUCGCGAAAUUCUCCUCGUGGAAGCAAGGACUUUGGCCUGGAGACUGCUGGGUCAUCCGGGUUUUCAGGAUUUGGCUCGGAUUCAGUGGAGAGGAGAGGGCAUCCCCUGCCUCGGCCUUCAUCGAUCCAGAGUGAUCAUGGAGCUGUGUCGGGUUCGGUCUCCAGUGUAAGCUCUUCCGGGUCAUCCGAGGAUCAUCCUGUAGUGAGUUAUCAGGCAGCUCAGUUGGUUGGUUACAGAGGACAAGGGGAGAUCAAGUUCAACAUUGGAUCAAGGAGUCCUGGCCCUGCAUCAAGAGGGGCCACAAGUCCCACGUCACCUCUUAAUCCUCGUUUGGGUGGCACGAGCCUUGAAUCUCCAACUCGUAGGUCGGAAGAUGGGAGAAGUCAAGGUCACCCAUUGCCUCUUCCACCAGGUUCUCCUACAAGCCCUUCUGCCUUGCCAACCACAAGAAGUGGAGGAGUCACAGAAAAUGCACCUUGUUCUUUGUCAAAAUGGAAGAAAGGGAGGCUCCUUGGAAGGGGGACAUUUGGCCAUGUUUACCUUGGAUUUAACAGUGAAAAUGGGCAGAUGUGUGCUAUAAAAGAAGUGAGGGUCGUUUCUGAUGAUCAGACAUCAAAAGAAUGCCUAAAGCAAUUGAACCAGGAGAUAAAUUUGCUUAAUCAACUGUCGCAUCCCAACAUUGUUCGGUACCAUGGAAGUGAACUGGGUGAAGAAGCGCUCUCUGUUUAUUUGGAAUAUGUUUCUGGUGGCUCAAUCCACAAGUUACUUGAAGAAUAUGGUGCCUUUAAGGAGCCUGUUAUUCAGAACUACACCAGGCAGAUUGUCUCUGGUCUUGCUUAUUUGCAUGGAAGGAAUACAGUGCACAGGGACAUCAAAGGGGCUAACAUAUUAGUAGACCCUAAUGGUGAAAUUAAGUUGGCAGACUUUGGCAUGGCUAAGCAUAUUACUUCUUGUUCCUCGAUGCUCUCUUUCAAGGGAAGCCCUUACUGGAUGGCACCUGAAGUUGUAAUGAAUACGAAUGGCUACAGUCUUGCUGUGGACAUAUGGAGCCUGGGAUGUACUAUUCUUGAAAUGGCCACGUCAAAACCACCUUGGAGCCAGUAUGAAGGGGUGGCUGCAAUAUUCAAAAUCGGGAACAGCAAAGAUAUGCCAGAUAUACCUGAUUAUCUGUCUAAUGAUGCGAAAAGUUUUGUGAAAUUAUGCUUGCAACGAGAUCCGUCUGCUCGUCCGACUGCUGCACAAUUGUUAGAUCAUUCUUUUAUUCGAGAUCAAGCAACUACAGGAGUUGCUAACAUAAGCAUUACUAGGGAGGCCUUUCCUCACAACUUUGAUGGAAGUCGAACACCGCCUAUCUUGGAGCUCCAUUCCCAAAGACCAAGUAUCACGUCUGACGUAGAAUAUGCAUCAAGGCCGAUGGUAACGACAAGACUUAUGAACAACCCUAGGGAUAAUGUAAGAACGAUCACAUCUUUGCCUGUAUCUCCUUGUUCCAGCCCAUUGCGUCAAUAUGGACCAGCGCACAAGAGUUGUUUUCUCUCCCCUCCCCACCCAACCUUUCCCUUGGUCGGCGGACAAAGUAGUUACAACAUAAACGACUAUUCAGCGUACCCAGUGAGACCAAAUUCAAGAUAUGCUCAUGAUCCUUGGUUCGAUAACUCUCUAUUGAAAGCUCAAACCCCUGGCGCUUCUCCUAGAGCUAGACAUAUACUUUGAGUAAGUGUACAUAUCGGCACGUGGAUGUUUUCUUGCUGCAGAAGGUUUCAGCGGACCGUUCUCAGCACAUCAUGAUUGAGGUGAUCGGAUAAUAUAUGCGUAAUCAGAGGCAAUGGACCCUUUGACGUUCUGGGUAGAUCCCGGAUUUCUUGAUCUUAAGAUUGUCCCAUCUCCAAUUAUUGUACAUGGAAAGCAGGUCUCCCACCUUUGUAACAUUUCAUGUUUUGAUCUAGUUCAUGUUUUGCUUAUACCAUCACCCUUGACAAGUGCACACAAAGUACGUAUGGAAAAUCUUCUAGUUUGGCUGAAA